CGGAUCGGUCGUUUAUUCCCUGGAAUUACCACUUUUAGGCAAUGUGAUUGAUGCAAAAAGAGUAUAAGGAUCCCAACAAAGAGAAAAUUGAGGAAGAAGAAACCGCAAACGCUACCUUACAAGAAGAAAAACAUCCAGAGGAAGAAGAUCUAACUAGAGCCGUACAAGAGAGUGAAAAACAACAGUCCAUAUUACCUUUGGUCAAACAGGAGCUUAAUUAUAAGAUCCGCUUCAAGCGACUCUCAGAAGGCAAAGAAGAGUUUGUUCACGAAGAACCCAAACAACAUCACUACGAGCUCACUGAGUACGAGAAGCAAAAAAUCGAGGAGCGAAGACGACAGAACAGACAGUCAGCACAGCGUUCGCGGAAAAGGUCCGAGGAUUACGAACAGACCCUUAAACAGAGGAUCAACAAUCUCUCAAAGGAGAACAUUGAAUUGUCAAAGGAAAGGGAUCAACUGAGAAAAGCAAAGGAAAAGCUGCUUCUAGAAUUUAGAAAGGUUGGUUGUUUUCCUUCGGCAAGGGUUUGUUCUUGCGGAGUCCGGUUAGACACAAGUAAAGAGGUAUCGGCAACCGAAACUCGGCCUUCUUCAGAAUGACACUCGUCUUGUCUCUACAACAUCGCCGAAAAGUUAUUAUGAAUGAGCAACGGCUGUGGAAAGCUGGAAAGACAUCAACGUUUAAUGUGAACCAGGAUCCUUCAGUCUCAAUAAAAACAGUUACUGUAACAAUGUUGACACUGCAUCAUUUAAGCUGUCUACGUACAGUCUUCUGCUCAGUUAAAGCUUUAACGUUGCUCUUUCACAAUACUUUUGAAUUUUGAUGAUUAACUGGUUCUUUGGAGAAUGCCCUUCGAACUAAAAAUUUCGCACCCUUUAUUGGGAACAAGGUACAUGCACGUAAAGUGGAAACUGGAGAUAUAUACUGGGGCUUCAAUAUUGAAAUUUGAUUGACGUAAUUGUGUUUGGGUGUAUUGAUACAAAAUCAUGUAUGCUAUGUAUAGCGUUGCAAUUCAUAAACUAAUCCCCAGACCUUUUUUUCCUCAAGAGUACACAGCGCAGCGCUUGUUUCUGUGCAGGAUUUUUAUAUUUUGAAAUAUUUAUAGCAAAAUUAGUUCCUAUGUUUGAAUUUACUUGAAUAUGCUGAACAUUUUACAAUUAACCUGAGCUAGCUGCAUGAAAGGACGUGUUCGAACAUUAUCCUCGGUUAUCUUGCAGUCCUCUAAUAUUUUCACGAAGUAUUUAUAUGAAGAUACGUUAGCUGUCAAUCCGUACGUAAUGUCUUUAAAAUUUUGAGAAAUAUUUUCUCCUGUUUAUAUUUAAAAUUUUGAGAUAUGUAGUUACUCAUGCGUAAUAUUGUAUUUUGAAGAACGCUUACGUAAAGAUUUGUUUGUGGAUACAUACAUUGCU